AAGUAAACUAAUAGAAUGGGCUUCCCCGAAGCCCGAUAAAGCCAGUCUUCGUUGUUGCUGUUUAACCAUGCCAUGACUUCUGCCAACCUCCGCCAUUACUAACGAUUUACUGUUAACCCUAACCGGCGGAGACACAAACCAGAUUGAAUUCUCACUUGCAAGCAGAGAGAUAGAUAGAUGGAUAGCAGAUGAUAUGAAGCUGAUUUAAACUAAAAGGGAAGUAGAGGAAACAUGAGCAGCAGCAUAGUAGCAAAGGAAGCAAUAGAGGUGAUAGCACAGGGCAUCGGAAUCACGAAUCUGUCCCCUGAUGUUUCCCUCACUCUGGCUCCCGACGUGGAGUACCGUCUCCGGGAGAUCAUCCAGGAGGCAAUUAAAUGCAUGCGUCACUCAAGGAGAACUGCCUUGACUGCUCAUGAUGUUGACACUGCUCUCAUCUUAAGAAAUGUCGAGCCAAUUUAUGGUUUUGGUUCUGGAGGAGAUAAAGUUCCAUUGCGGUUCAAAAGAGCUGCUGCUGCUGGACAUAAGGAUCUAUAUUAUAUCGAUGACAAAGACGUCAAUUUUAAACACGUUAUUGAAGCCCCUCCGCCAAAACCCCCGCUUGAUACUUCUCUUACCUCACAUUGGUUAGCUAUUGAAGGUGUUCAGCCUGCAAUUCCCGAGAAUGUUCCGAUUGAAGCACUUGGAGUAAUCUCUGAUGGCAAAAAAUCUGACUACAAGGAUGAUGGUCUUUCGAUCGAUGUCAAACUACCUGUCAAGGACAUAUUGUCAAGAGAGCUUCAGCUUUACUUUGAAAAGGUCACAGAGCUUACUGCGAGGAGGUCUGAAUCUGCUAUCUUCAAACAAGCAUUAGUGAGUUUGGCCACAGACUCAGGACUGCACCCUUUAGUUCCUUAUUUCAUACAAUUCAUUGCUGACGAGGUUUCAAGGAAUCUGAAUAAUUUUUCUCUUCUCCUUGCUGUGAUGCGCAUUGCCCGAAGCCUUCUUCAAAACCCAUACAUUCAUAUUGAACCUUAUCUACACCAAUUAAUGCCAUCUAUUAUUACCUGCCUAGUUGCAAAAAGAUUAGGUAACAGAUUUUCUGACAACCAUUGGGAACUCAGAAACUUCACAGCGAACCUGGUUGCUUCGAUAUGCAAAAGAUUUGGGCAUGCUUAUCACAAUCUGCAGCCUCGCAUCAUAAGGACUCUAGUCCAUGCGUUCUUGGACCCAACAAAAUCAUUGCCACAACAUUAUGGUUCAAUACAAGGAUUAGCAGCUCUAGGACCCAGUGUGGUUCGUCUUCUUAUACUACCAAAUCUAGAGCCGUAUUUACUCCUCCUUGAACAAGAAAUGCUGCUUGAGAAGCAAAAAAAUGAGAUAAAGAGACAUGAAGCUUGGCAGGUUUAUGGAGCUUUGACGCGUGCAGCUGGUCUCUGUAUGUAUGAUCGGCUCAAAAUGUUACCUGGUUUGUUUAUUCCACCAAGUCGUGCUAUCUGGAAGAGCAAUGGAAGAGUUAUGACUGCAAUGCCAAAUAAACGCAAAGCUAGCACAGAUAACUUAAUGCAGCAACCACUGCUUAAGAAAAUAGCAACAGAUAGUGCAAUUGGUGCAAUGCCAAUGAACUCCAUGCCAGUUGAGAUGCAAGGGGCAGCAAGUGGAUUUCCUACAGCUGUUGGAGCUUCCAGUGUGUCAGUAUCAGCAAUAUCUCGGCAGUUAUCCAAUGAAAACGUGCCACGAAGAGAGAUUAGUGGAAGGGGGUUAAAAACGUCAACUGUUCUCGCACAGGCUUGGAAGGAGGACAUGGAUGCAGGCCAUUUAUUAGCGUCACUAUUUGAACUUUUCAGUGAAAGCAUGUUCUCCUUUACUCCCAAACCUGAGUUGUCUUUUUUCUUGUGAUUAGCAGUAGAUCAUUAACAAUGUCACUCAAUAUGCGUGUAAAUUCUGUCAAAUUCCAUGCUAUUUGUUCUACAACAGGCUAAUAGUUAUCGAUCAUUGACGAAUGGUGUAUUGUCAAGGACACUUCUGCAUGUAAAGAGAGUACAAUUUUGCCAGAAUUCCUCGUAAAGUGGAGGAGCUGACAUGUGACUAUGUGCUUUCGACUA